AUGUCGGCCGCCGACGAACAAAGGCCCAAUGGGCACCCACAUUCCGCCGACCCGUCCACCACUGCCGCCGCCGCCGAAACUUCCACCAACACCACCACCGCGGCCGCAACCUCGGCGCCACAACCAGAUAUCGGCGCCGCCCAGACUGCGACAACAACCUCUGAGCCGAUUGAGAAUCUAAACGGUCACACGGUCAACGGCACCGCAGCCGACGGUCCCUCGACAAACGGCCAAGCCCCCAAUGGCACAACUGACACCCCGGCCUUCAACGGCACUGCCACCCACGAUGCGCCGGACCUGAACGGGCAUUCCUCGCCCUCGCCCAACGGCGCGCCAGCCGCCAACGAGCAAAUCAAUGAUGGCACAGUCCCAUCAACAACAAACGGUGGGCCGUCAACCAACGGGGAUGAGCAGCCCAAGCACGGGCACGGCGAGGGAGCAGCCCUCGAGAACAAGAUCGAGGGCGUACAGAACCCGGAAGCUAACGGUCACAAGCCGCCCCACGAGAAGCCCCAUCACCACUCUAGCGAUCUCAAGGGCCUCUACUCCGAGGGCAAGGAAAAGGUCAAGGACAAGACCAAGCCCUCUGGCGGCUUCGACCCGACCCCCUUACCCGACGCCCCGCCGGGCUACACCGUGCGAUUCAUCUUCCACAAGGCGAGCAACCUCCCCGCCGCCGACGUUGGCACCCAGUCCUCCGACCCCUUUAUCCACGUCACCCUCCGCGCCGCCGUCCCGAAGCGCCACAAGGAGGACCCGGACCUCACCCUCCGCACCCAGACCAUCAGGAAGACGACGGAGCCCGUUUGGGAUACCGAGUGGGUGGUGGCUAACGUCCCCGCCGACGGCUUCAUCCUCAAAUGCCGCCUCUACGACGAGGACUGGCCCGACCACGACGACCGCCUCGGCAACGUCACCGUCAGGGUGCCGCAUAUCGGUCCGGACUGGAAGGGGUACCCGCGCCCGGGUCAGGAGUUCACGGCCAAGAAGCGCAUGGGCAGCAAGCGGGCCUACUUUGUCAAGGCCAUCACCAGCCACUUUGAUCCGCGGGUCGACAUGUCGCCGAGGCUGUGGAUUAGUAUGGAGCUCCUGGGCCAGUCCGAUCCGCCGCAUGCGCAGAUGUGCACCAUUGGGCCUACCACCUACUUUAAGCACUUUAGUCCGAUGAUUGGCCGUCUUACCGGUAUCAAGGUCAACCGGGACGAGGAGAACGAUGCCCGGUCCGACUUGUUCGACGAAGCCGAAAACAAGGAAAAGGACAACAAGACCCAGAAAUACGACUUCCAAUCAAACGAAAUGCAGCUCUCAGGACCCGUCCCCCCCGAGCUCUACCACCGCUACGUCGAGUUCCGCCCCAUGAUCGGCCUCAUGUUCGCCAAGAGCGGCCUCCGCGGCCGCAUCCUCAACAAGGCCCUCCACAAGCAGCACAGCCGCGUCUACAACUUUGACAGCUCGACAGAGUACGGCGUCUUCAAGGCCCGCUCCGAGGAGGCCGCGCUGCAGUUCCUCAAGCUGGUGCACUUUGACCAGGGCGGCCGCAUCUUCACCUACGUCCUGACGCUGGACGGCAUGUUCCGCUUCACCGAGACGGGCAAGGAGUUCAGCAUCGACAUGCUUAGCAAGCAUACCAUGCACAGCGACGUCGAGACCUACAUUGCCUGCUCGGGCGAGUUCUUUAUCCGGCGGCUGGAGAAGCCUGAUGCGUCGGAGGAGGCGGAUCCGCCCGAGAGGACGCACCCUUCCGUCGAGCUGCCCAAUGGUCCGCCGAACGAGCACCCGCCGCAUAAUCCGUCGUAUUACCAGCUGUAUAUCGACAACGACUCGGGCACCUACAGGCCGGACAAGUCGAUCCUGCCCAAACUCAAAGAGUUCUUCGAGGCCAACUUCCCGGGGCUGGGGAUCGUGGCCAUGCACUGCGAGGACGAGAAGCUGAUGAAGCUGAAGAAGGAGCAGGUCGAGGCCAAGAAGAAGGAGGGCAAGAUGAUCAACAUGGUGGCGCGGAGUCCCAGCUCGAGCUCGCUUAGUUCGAAUGAGAGCGCGCUGGAGCACAUGGACGAGGCUGGGUAUGAUGGGGAGCCGGUCAAGAGCACGACGCAGAAGGCGUUGGAUGCGCUGGAGGACCCGAGUAGUUUGAAGAGGAUGCUCAAGCCGGGGCAUCAUGGGGGAGGUGAGAGUUCGACGGCUCAUUAA